GGAGCGAGGUAAGCGAGGGCGCGGCGACGACGAUGAGUCUGGCCCCGCUCCCAUGCUUUCCCGUCCCCUUCAAUCGCUCCUCCAUCUCCGCAUCCAGAUCGUCGCCCAUGUUCCGCUCCAAACUCAUCGGAUCUCUCUACCAGCUGCACGGUCGCUUCCCUGGACCCGGAAUGGCAAUGCAGCACGGCGGGAUCUCGUGACGCGCACUUGUUUCUGCAGUCGCUGAAGUUGUACUGCCUCGCUGUUGCUGAAUCCACGAGUAGGGUUUGUGGACUCUUGCAACAUUGCGAAGGAUGAUUCUGUAGUUUUUAGCAUAGACUGAGGAACCCAACAGUGUGCGCUAUGUAGUCAUGAAGCCUCGAAAGUGUCGAUGAGUGCGAAUUGACUCGCGAUUGUGUUCGGUAUGCUUUCAGGCGGUGUGUGAGAAGGUUCAUGGUCACAGGGAUGCGUCAUUGAAGAAAUUUCGUUGCGGGUAAUCUUAGAAGCUAAAUAUUGUUAAGCUGGAAACGUUUGGUGCGGCGGAGAGGUGACUCUUCAUGGAAGUGGACAAGGAAGAGUGAACUUGGUGUGAUUAAGGGCAGUAUGGGAAACUGUUGCGUAGGAUCUUCAUCGAACAAGUCUAGGAGGGCGCGCAGGGCGAACUUAUUUGCACACGAUCGUUAUUAUGGCAAUAAUCAGAUUUUGAAGAAUCAGCCGAAGGCCAGAAUAUUGGACAAGUAUGUGCUUGGUAGGGAGCUCGGGCGUGGGGAAUUCGGCAUCACGUAUUUGUGCACGGACAAGGAGACGCAGGAGGUUUUCGCCUGCAAGUCUAUCUCCAAGAAGAAGCUCAGGACUGCCGUGGAUGUGGAGGAUGUGCGGCGAGAAGUGGCAAUCAUGAAACACCUGCCCCAUCAUCCGCACAUCGUCACCUUGGAGGGCGCCUAUGAAGACGACGUCGCCGUGCACCUGGUGAUGGAGCUGUGCGAGGGAGGCGAGCUUUUCGACCGGAUCAUUGCGCGGGGGCACUACACGGAGCGGGGCGCCGCGCAAGUGACGCGGACCAUCGUGGAGGUGGUGCAGGCGUGUCACAGGCAGGGAGUGAUACACCGGGAUCUGAAGCCCGAGAACUUUCUGUUCGCCAACACCAACGAGAAUGCGCCGCUGAAGGCCAUCGACUUCGGGCUGUCGGUGUUUUUCAAGCCCGGGGAGAGGUUCUCGGAGAUUGUGGGCAGCCCGUACUACAUGGCACCGGAGGUGCUGAAGAGGAACUACGGGCCGGAGGUGGACGUGUGGAGCGCGGGCGUGAUCCUGUACAUAUUGCUGUGCGGGGUGCCUCCCUUCUGGGCGGAGACGGAGCAGGGCGUGGCGCAGGCGAUUCUGCGCGGGAUUCUGGAUUUCAAGCGGGAGCCGUGGCCGAAGGUGUCCGAGACGGCGAAGUCGCUGGUGCGGCACAUGCUGGAGCCAGACCCGAAAGCGCGGUACAAUGCGCAGCAGGUGUUGGACCACCCGUGGCUGCAGAACGCGAAGAAGAACCCGAACGUGCCGCUGGACGCGGUGAGGUCGCGGCUGAAGCAGUUCUCGGCGAUGAACAAGCUGAAGAAGAGGGCGCUGCAGGUGAUCGCCGAGCACCUGGGCGGGGAGGAGAUCGACGGGCUGAAGGAAAUGUUCGAGAAGUUGGACAGCGAUAAGACGGGGACCAUCACAUUCGAGAAACUGAAGAUGGGGCUGAUCGAAAUCGGGUCCCAACUGACGGAGCACGAGGUGCGGAUGCUGAUGGAAGCAGCGGACGUGGAGGGGAACGGGACGCUGGACUACGGCGAGUUCGUGGCUGCGACGGUGCAUUUGCAGCGCCUGGACGACGACGAGCAUCUGCGAAGGGCGUUCGACGUGUUCGACGUGGAUGGGAGCGGGUACAUCGAGACGGAGGAGCUGCGGGAAGCUGUGGGGGAGGCGAUGACAGAGUUGUCGAGCGAGCCGGACGUGGUGCAGGCCAUCCUGUCGGAGGUGGACCUGGACAAGGACGGACGGAUCAGUUAUGAGGAGUUCGCGGUGAUGAUGCGGAGGGGUACAGAUUGGAGAAAAGCGUCGCGGCAGUACUCUCGGGAUCGGUUCAACAGCCUGAGCAUGAGGCUUCUGCGGGACGGGUCAUUGAAUCCUCCGAGCUACUCAAUGAGCUCGAUGAGGUAGAACGAGGUAGCUCCAGCGGGGAGCAUGUGACGCGCAACAGUGCGGGGCAAGCGAUUGGGCACGGAACGGGCGAGGAGGUGCAUGGGAGGUGUUGCUGAGUAGGUGGUGGGGGCAGUGAGAUGGGUGGGCCGUGUGCGGCACAUGCUGGAGACAUGGAUUUUGGUGGGGGAUGAGGGUGGAUCUGUGCAAGGUGUAGGUGGAGCAGAUGGUGGUUUGAGGGGGUGCGGAGUGGCACGAAGGUUACAAUUUGGGGAGUAUAUUCAGUUGAUUACAGAUUGGGUCCUUUCGCUACUGAAUGGUUGGCCAUUACAGCAGCCGAGAAUGUUACUGUGAGUGGUUGAGUGAGCAUGAACAUGGAGAUGUCGGGGUCCCGUUCGUUAUAGAAUCGCCUCAUGGAAGAAUUAUUAAGGGAAAAAAAAUCUGUAGAGUAUUACGAAGGUGAAUAAUGGAGUAUGCUAUGGUCGAGUUGAAUUCUGCAUUGGCUGGAGUAUUGCUCGUGCAGCAUUUAUUGUUUUAAUUCGGCUCUUUAAAGCGCUUGAAUGCGCUCGUUCGUUCCGAUAUCUGCUAUAGUUGGACCUACUUUGGGUUUUGUAACCUCAAACUCUAGUUUGUAGCAUGCAGCACCAAUGACUGCAACGGGUAGUGUUUAAGUUACCUCAUGUGUCAAGAAAACGGAGAGCAAGAACAUGUUUUGUAUUCUUGAAUUGCAAUAAUGGAAGUACUGAAGUCCUUGAUGAAUUUGAA